AUGAUUCAUGAGUAUCACGUUUUGACUUGUUUACACACUUUAGCCGAUCACAGUACUGUGAUCGUGAACCCGUAUCAGUCGGAAGGGCUAUCCCUAAACUGGUUCGCGGAGCGUGCCGGCGCGUCGAACCUUACGCCUGAACAACGGGGGCCACAAUCACAGCAGCUUCUGGACUUGGUCCACUUGAUACCAAAACAUAUUUCCACUAAGGCCACCUUACUUUUAGCUGUGCUUAAUUUGAAACCCGUUCUUCCAACUGGGCGUAAACGGAUCCCGGAUGAUGACCAUCCCUUCAUGCCACCCGGACCCAAUGACAUUAGAGGUGGUUGUCCAGGUCUCAACAUAAUGGCAAAUUAUGGUUAUAUCUCUCGCAAUGGCAUCACCGACGUGGGUGAAAUGAUGUACGGGAUGCAAGAGAUGCUAGGAUUUGCUUUCGAUACUGCUGCAAUCGUUACUACGCUGGGCAUCAAAUCUUCCACCGAUCUCACAACACUUAAAGCCUCCAUUGGUCGAACGGACUCUAGGACCGACGGGCCCCUUUCGGGACUUUUUGGAACCGCACCUGGUUUCUUUUCCGAAAAUGCUCACAAUAAGUUUGAAAUCGAUGGAUCUCUUACACGCGUUGACGGAUAUUUUGCGAAUGGAGAUACCGAUCAUUUUGAUAGCGAUCAUUGGAAAAAAUAUCGACAACUUGCCAUCGAUCACUUUGGAGGCGUGAUGGAUUUCAAGUUCGAAGGAGCAGCCAGGUUUAUGCAGUACAAAGAAUGUCGGGAAAAAAACCCCGAGUGUACAUGGGCCCCUGGAGAACAGCUUUCACUCUAUAUAGCUCAGGCCUUUGUCUCUGACACAAUGACAUCCGCCGACGAAAACGGAAACCUACUACCUCCCGAUGUGCGAUCUAUUGAGACGUUCCUUGGGAUCGUUGAAAAUCCAGAUGGAACGUUUUCACGUACCGCUGGCAAACUGCCACCCGGUCCCGAUGGGCAUUGGUAUCGCCGUUCAGUACCCCUUGCGUUUGUCGAGCAGGCGUUGAGUCUACGCGAGACAUUGCUUGCUUAUCCCGUAAGUGCUUUGCUUAAGGAAUAUCAUAUGGGAGGAGUUUUCAUCCCGCUUUCUUUUGCUUGUUCUCCAACGGCAGGUGGAGUUCGGGCGAAACAAUGGAAAUCUUGGGCAUUGGGACGCAGACUUAACUGA